UGGCUGUCCGAAUCGCCAUCGCCAAAAAGGCUGAGGGAACCACUAUGAAAGCGCUACAUGUCGUGCGAAACUAUAUUGCGAAAGAGGUUUUAAGUGUGGGAGAUAAGGGUGGACUUUCGGACACAUCGACCUAUCUGAAAAGAAUCCAUCCCCUCAGGGUAUGUUAUUUGAUGCGAUGCUCCCUAUGGUCUGUAAGGGGCGCAGUCUCUUAUCCGGCUGCCGGGGCCGAGUAGUACGCCCUCCCUUGCGUGAGGGUGUGGACGUAGGCAGUCGGCUCGGCACCGUUUCGUCUCCCCGAAGCGCCGAACAGCACCGCGAGAAAGUUCUCCGGAGGCCUCCUUUCACGCCUUUUCAUUCGACCGGUGCAAGUGCCCUCCCCCCCGAGGAUCAGCGAUCGUGUCCCUCACUGGCCCCGGUGAGGGACAGAUGAAACCUCAGUCUUGCUGCUUCAGCUCCGCGUCGUGUCACUCAGGUUAACGUGCCAAAAUGGACGACAUCUUCACGCAGUGUCGAGAGGGCAAUGCGGUGGCCGUGCGCCUCUGGCUGGACAACACGGAAAAUGACCUCAACCAAGGGGACGACCACGGCUUCAGCCCUCUGCACUGGGCGUGUCGGGAGGGCCGCUGCAGCGUGGUGGACAUGCUCAUCAUGCGCGGCGCCCGCAUCAACGUCAUGAACCGCGGGGAUGACACGCCCCUGCACUUGGCCUCCAGCCACGGACAUCGCGACAUUGUGGGAAAGCUGAUUCAGUGCAAAGCGGACACCAACGCAGCCAACGAACACGGGAACACGCCACUGCAUUACGCCUGCUUCUGGGGACAAGACCUGGUGGCAGAGGACCUUGUGAACAACGGGGCUCAGGUGAGCAUCUGUAACAAAUAUGGGGAAACGCCCCUGGACAAAGCCAAACCUCACUUGCAAGAGCUUCUCAAAGAAAAAGCUGAGAAAAUGGGACAGAAUUUGACCAAAAUCCCCUUCAAAGACACCUUUUGGAAAGGCACCACCAGAACACGACCCCGCAACGGUACUUUGAACAAACACGCAGGCAUCGACUAUAAGCAGCUCUCGCUCCUGGCCCGAAUCAAUGAGAACCAGUCUGGAGAGUUAUGGCAAGGCCGCUGGCAAGGCAACGAGAUUGUGGUCAAAGUGCUGAAGGUCCGCGACUGGACCACGCGGAAAAGCAGGGACUUCAACGAGGAGUACCCCAAACUCAGGAUAUUUUCCCACCCGAACGUCCUCCCCAUGUUGGGAGCCUGUCAGUCUCCGCCGGCCCCUCACCCCAUCAUCAUCACACACUGGAUGCCGUACGGCUCCCUCUACAACGUGCUGCACGAGGGCACCAACUUUGUGGUGGACCAGACGAAAGCGGUCAAGUUCGCUUUGGACAUCGCCUGCGGAAUGGCCUUCUUGCACACGUUGGAGCCCAUGAUCCCUCGACACUAUCUGAACAGCAAGAGCAUCAUGAUCGAUGAAGACAUGACAGCCAGGAUCAGCAUGGCAGACGUCAAGUUCUCCUUUCAGUGUCCUGGCAGGAUGUACUCGCCUGCUUGGGUGGCCCCCGAGGCCCUGCAGAAGAAGCCAGAGGAGAUCAACCGGCGGUCGGCGGACAUGUGGAGCUUCGCCGUGCUGCUGUGGGAGCUGGUGACCAGGGAGGUGCCCUUCGCGGACCUCUCCAACAUGGAAAUCGGCAUGAAGGUUGCCUUGGAGGGCUUGAGGCCCACCAUUCCUCCCGGCAUCUCGCCGCACAUCUGCAAGUUGAUGAAGAUCUGCAUGAACGAGGACCCGGCCAAGAGGCCGAAGUUUGACAUGAUUGUGCCUAUUUUGGAGAAAAUGCAAGACAAGUAAAGAAAAAAAAAAGCAGACUUUUUACCCCCGGGAUGUUGCCUUAAGCUCUUUUUCCUUACCGCAGCAUCGAGCGCCGUCACCACUACAAUCCAACAGCAGUUAUUUUUCUUGUUGAAAUUUUUUUUCUAUUAAUAUACGGUAUAUUGUACAUGUCGACUGUAAUCAUGGACGGAACACGUGACUGAAUAACCUGUGGAGGGUAUCGACAGGUUUUAUUUGGAUCUGAAUAGUUCCUUGUACCUCAAAAAUCAUCACUUUUAAGGAGACCCCCCGCCCCCAAAACGGCAUGUUUGCUCAACCCAAGGGUUUAAAUCACAUCCUCAAAGAGAGCAAGCCAUUUUCUACACUUUGGUCAAUAUUUUAUAAAAACAGCACCCGCUGAAAUCACUGAAAAGUAUGAAAUUGGCCAAAUUGUGACAUGGGCGCUUUUGACCCGGUGGCAGCGAUAUGCUCAAAGCAGGUCUCAUCCCAGCAACAUGAGUUGCCGCGUCAGCGUUUUGUAAAGCAAGAAAAAGCAUUUCUCUGUAAUGAGUUAAGCAAUUUUUUUUACCGUUUCCCGUACACCUAAAAUAGUGUACGCACCAUUACAGACGGUCUAUUUUUUACCUUUCGAUUGAAAAUGUAGCCCAAAUAUGCCUUUCGUUAUUUCUACGUGCAUAAAAGUGCCUGAGAGGAAACUUGAGUGUUUAAUUGUUGAAUUGUGGCCAUCAAACGAAGAACAAAUGGUGUACUUACUGUAAAUCAUCCUGGUCGCAUCCUGCAGCUGUUUUAUUUUCCUUUGUCUUCUCUUCAUUCACUCUUGUCUUGUCAUUUCUGUGCCUGCAUCAGCUUACUUCUUUGCGUCCAAGCCAAAAUCAAAAGCAAGCUAUACAAAUGUAUUUAUAUCUAUAUAUAUUAAAUUGAAAACUAAGAAUA